CCUUUCUUACCGCUCGCCAGCAUGAAGGUGACCCCAAGCUACUGCGACUCCCGACCUGGACCGAUCCCUCAUCACCACAAUCAUGGAGCCUCAACAACCACAACAACCUUCGAUGUCGUCGUCCUCCCAGACGCCGACUCAACACCAUCCGCGGCCCCUCCACCCCUUCCUUCCUCCAAUGGCCUCGCAAAUACCGCACCGGACCGCCAAUAGCACUCCGGUCUCCUCGCCUGGCCUUUUCAGUCCGAGCAUCCCCCGUUCAAACAUGUCGCUCUCCGGCCAACCAUCGUCCGAGAACACCACUCCGGCGCCGACCCUGCACAGCCCUUAUCUUCACCCGCUCCAGAGCCACAAGGUUCGCGAAACCCACAAAGCCAACGUCGAGCACGAUUACACGACCGGGCGCAAGGCCAUCAAUCAGUAUGAAAUCAUCGAAGAGCUUGGACGUGGCAUGCAUGGCAAGGUCAAACUGGCACGCAACACCCAGACCGGCGACAAUGUGGCCAUCAAGAUUAUUCCCAGGUUCUCCAAGAAGAGACGGCUCGGAAAGGUUACCGCCAUGUCGACGCAGGACAAGAGCAAGCGCGAGAUCGCCAUCCUCAAGAAGAUCCGUCAUCCCAACGUUGUCGCCCUCCUCGAAAUCAUCGACGACCCCGAGCUCAAGAAAAUCUACAUGGUGCUGGAACACGUGGAGCUGGGCGAGGUUGUCUGGAGAAAGAAGGGUCUCCCUCACAUCUGCGCUUAUGAACGCCGACGCCAGGAGAGAGAACAGCUGGGAGCCUUGCCGGAUGCAAGAGAGGAGGAGUACCUGCGCUUCAUGGAAAAACGCCAAGCGGAGAAGGAAGCUAAGCGGGCGCAUGUGGCGCGACAGGCUCACCCCAACAACGCCGAGUUCUGGAGUCUCGAGUUUGGUGCCGCCGAUGAUGAUGAUCUUGAUUUCCAUGCUAGGUCCCUGGGCAGAGACUCGUCCAUCCCGUCCUUUGCCGGCGACUGGCUUGGCCUUUCAUCCAGAGUGACCUCCCGCGCGCCCUCCCGGACACAGUCGAUGAAGUCUAUCUCCCGCUCCAACACCCCCCAGCCUUCCGAGCCCGACCAUGCCUCGAUUGCGUCGGUUGUUCCUGAGGUGGACGAAGACGAGAUGGAGACGCCCCAUGGACACUCACACAUCAACCAGGAUUCGGCGGUUGAGGACUCGCUGUUCGCCCCCCGCGAGAAUGAACCCAGCCUCCGCAAGAGGUCUCCCAGCAUGGCCGACUCCAUCCUGUCUCACAUGUCGUCGGUUGACUACAACAGAGUGCACGACCCUUUCGUUGACGAUUACUCGUAUGUACCCUGCUUCACAAUCGACAAGGCCAGGUCGGCCUUCCGCGACACCGUCCUCGGUCUUGAGUACCUCCAUUAUGAAGGCGUUGUCCACCGUGACAUCAAGCCUGCCAACCUGCUUUGCACCAAGGAUCACCGAGUCAAGAUCUCCGACUUCGGCGUCUCCUACUUUGGACGGCCCCUCCGCGAUGGUGAGCCCGAUGAGCCUGUUUCCGAGUCGGAAGCCCGCGACUUCGAUAACGACCUUGAACUGGCCAAGACGGUCGGCACCCCUGCUUUCUUUGCUCCCGAGCUCUGUUACACCGACACCUACGAUGACCGACCUGGCCAGCAGCCCAAGAUCACCGAGCAGAUUGAUGUGUGGUCUCUAGGCGUUACCCUUUACUGCUUGAUCUUUGCCCGCAUCCCCUUCCUGGCGGAGGACGAGUGGCGCAUGUUCAAGAAGAUUGCUACCGAAGACAUCUACAUUCCGAGACAGCGCCUCCGCCCCGUCGAUCCUUCCACCAAACCCGACGAAAAGUCCCUGUACACGCGAGUUAACCGCGAUCCGUAUCGUAACGAUGACGAGCCCUUAUACGAAGAGAUUGAUAACGACCUCUACGACCUGCUCAGCAAGAUGUUGACCAAGAACCCCGAGAAGCGGAUCCGCCUGCGUGAUGUCAAGAGACAUCCAUGGGUCCUUAAGGACAUUGAUAAUGUCAUAGCCUGGCUGGAUGAUACCGAUCCGUCUCGACGCACGGCAGGUAGGAGAAUCCAAGUCGACGAACGCGAUAUUACUCAAGCCGUUGUGCCCCUUACAUUUGUCGAGCGGGCCAAGUUGGCUUUCAAGAAGACGGUGACCAAGUUCACGCACAGGGGAGAUCGCUCAGAGAGCGUGUCUUCACGCAAACGUGCCACGAGCAGCGCUGCCAGCUCAUCGGCGGAAAGCCCCGCCGUCGGCAUACCCACCCCUGGAGUGCGUGACGGGCGGCGCAAAAGCUUACGCCCCGACGAUUAUUUUUCCAACCUUUCGCAAUACUCGACAGGGUCGCACCCGUUGACUCAGAGUGUCACUGCGAGCCCAUCACACUCGCCACUUGGAGGCUCCCCGGCUUCAGCCGUGCCAGAGCCCUCGACCUCGGCCGUCAGCAAACACUCGACCACACGUCAACUACGCGAGUUUUUUAAUCGAGAACGAGACGAGUUGCCCGAUCGCACUUCCAUGAAACUACGAGACCGUGGCCACGCCCGAUCCGCUACCAACACUUUUUUAAGCCUUACCCCCACGACAGGCUUUGUACCGAACCACUGUCAAACCGUACCACCUACUCCUCUCUAUGGCAUCGCACCCGAAGACCCCUGCAACGCUCUCAGGAAGACCCGGGACAUGAAGCCUCCCGCUGAUGAUACCAGCCGAGCACGUUCCGUUGAUCGGGGGUUUUUUGCUAGUGACGACAAACGGGCUGGACCUAGGGUCGCUCUUAGCACUGCUGUUGCACCCGGCAAUGUUCAGAUGCCUCAAAGACCACGUAUCACGCAUUCGAUUGACCUUGCAAAGGUCUCGGAGCAGUCGGAGGAGCAGAGCCUGCCGCCCCCUACGCCCGGUACCAGCAACUUCCACCAUCACCACCACCAAUCUGAAAGCCACAUUGUCGACCGACAACGUCCGAUGGUUGAACUCGAUGAACGUCCACAGACAGCACACCGGAUCGAAGACUUCAUCAGUGCGGCUCUGAAUAAACAGCUUCCCCUAGCGCAAGAUCCCGACAAUCACACCUUAAGAGGAAACCACGAGUAUUAUGCCGCCGAACCCGCAUCUGUUCCGUGCCCUCCUUCGCCCGGAGAUAACAUGUUCAGCAGGGCACAAUCUCGCCAAGGCACGAUCGUCUGGUCUAGCACUACAUCCAUGGGAGCUUUGACCUCCCCGCUAACGAGUCCUAGCGAGGCAGCGAGCCCGCGGUAUAGCUCCAAGCAGAGUCUAACGAAAGACGCUGUGGAGCAGAUCCUAGCCUUCCAGUCUGACCCUUCUCUUCCAGCUCUGCUCAGCAGCACCAGCUCUGUGUCCGCGGACCCAGAAGGCGAGUUCCUCGGCAACCCAGGAGUGGUCUGUCGGUCAUCGUUGAUCGACACAACUGACUCUCUUACACCUCCAGCUUUCUCAAAGGAGCCUGUGGCUGGUUUCCCGCUUGAAGAGCAGCAGGAGCAGGUUACACCAACGGCUGUGCCCGUUUGUGUGGCUGAUAACAAGCCGGCCGUUAAGCACAACCCCAUGUCUCAUGUGCGGGCAAAGAGUCAAUACUAUCGCAGUCACCAUGACGAUGACGACAGCGAUAGUGAUGAAGGGCUGGUCAUGGCUAGGCGCAAGAAGAGCCCAACAAUCUCUUCUCCUUCACCUGCAUUGACUUCCAGGGAGCCCAUUUCCAUGGGAAGAUUGGUCAAUGGCACGAGGCGUCGGGACACCAAUGCUAGCGUGGGAAGCACAGAUACUGCCAAGAAGCUCGUUGUGGAGAGCGACUGAGCUUUGUUACUUUAGUGCAGCUGUGCCAGAAUGCAGUGGUUUAU